AUGAGUCGUGCAGUGUAGCAGCAAGCAGCUCACAUCCAGGAGACACUCAGUUGGACUCAGGGUCAUCUCCCAUCAUGCCUCACGUGUCGUUUGCCCAUCCCUCGCUCUGUCUUAACUUCCUCCCUCUGCUGCACCGCCUCCUCCCAUCCAACCCCCCCACUGUCCGAGACGUGGAUGUUCCCCCUCUGUUUCGGGAGCGCUUCAUCCUGACGGGGUACCGUCCCACGGGCAUGUCAUGGCGGUGUUACGCCCUCAGCCUGUUCCAGAUCCACAAUGAGACGCUGAAUGUGUGGAGCCACCUGCUGGCUGCCACCUUCGUGGUGCUCAGGUUCAUGGUGUUCGCCAUCAUGCGAGGAGGGGGAAUCCUGGGUUUCCGACUGCAGGGUCCUGAAGGUGAAGGUUUUUCUGUGGACGCCUCCUCUCUACCUUUGGUCCUCUAUGUUCUUUCUGCUGUCACAUACCUCAGCUGUAGUGCUGCAGCUCACCUGCUGCAGUCCCACUCAGAGCAGGCGCAUUACUCACUAUUCUUCCUGGACUAUGUGGGCGUGGCCGUCUAUCAGUAUGGCUGUGCUCUGGCUCUCUGCCUGUACAGCUCCAAUACUGCCUGGAGACAAAGCAUGCUGGGACAGGUCUUCCUCCCAGCAGCUGCCCUCCUUGCGUGGCUCUCAUGCACUGCCUGCUGCUAUGCAAAACUUCGUUUUCGCCGUCCAUACCCCCUUCACAGGAAGCUCUGCCAGCUGAUCCCGAUGGGUGUGGCCUACCUACUGGACAUCAGCCCUGUUGCCCACCGUCUUGCCACCCACAGCUGGACGGGCAGCCCUGCACUACCAUUGCACUUCCUGCAGGUGGUGCUGUUUAUGCUAUCCGCCUUCUUCUUCUCUUGCCCCGUUCCUGAGUGUUUCUCCCCCGGCCACUUUGACAUUGUCGGCCACGGCCACCAGCUCUUCCACAUCUUGCUGUCACUCUGCACACUGGCCCAGCAGGAGGCACUGUUCCACGACUUCCUAUGGCGGCGGCCGGCAAUGGUCAGAGAGUUCGGAGAGGAGCGCCUCCUGCUGGCUUGCGCCUCCUUUCCCUGCCUGACGUUGUGUUGCACCUUGACAGCCCUCGCCAUGAGGAGGCAGGCUCAGGCACAGCUGAUGAAAGAGCAACGAUAGAAGAGGAAAAAGAAGAAGAAGAGACUUCCUGUACACGAACUGAGGGACUGACUCUGCAGUGGUUUUGUUGGUUUGGUUUGUUUGUUAGCAUCAGACCAUAUUGAUGCAGACCAUCAUAUUCCUGCACUGAACUUGAGGAUUUUCUGGUUUCUCUUUUUUAUAUUUUACUAAACAACGACUAAAAUCAAGUAACCAUUUAACAAUAAAAUGGGACCAGUUUUUAAUUUCUGUUUGCAUAUUCAAUAAAGCAAUAUCGUCUAUAGUUUGUAUGUUUAUCUGCUAGCUGAACACUGUUGCCUCACUGAGCUCCAGGUUGGUGCUACUAUAGAUUUUUUCAAGUGAAUUUGACUGCAUUGAUUGAAAACAAAUCUAAAACCUAUAUUUAAUAAGAUAAUCGUUCACUGCAAGUUUCUGUUCUUCCUUUAACAACAGCAUUUGGGAAUCGAGGAUUUGCAUUUCUGUAGUUUUGUUGUAGUUUUUGCCAAAGGCUUCCCAUUCUUGCUUGUUUUAGGACCUGAGCCACAUGUUUUUAGUGAUUGAUAGUCUGGAGUACUUUCAGUUUAGCAGGCAGAUUUUUUUUCCUGCGGAGCCGUGCCACUGGUGUCGGCUUACAGGACAGUUUCUGUCUAUACCUCCAAAAUUAACAGCCUGUCGAUUUGUAUGAACAAUCAUUGUCUGGAGUGUAAUCAGAUUCCUGCCCCCAUACUGCUUCAGUCUGCAUCUGGGUGUCCAGACAUGUUCAUCAUGCUCAAGUUUACGUUUUCUGAUUAGGUGGAAGGAAGAAUGUUGAUUUCUAUUGCAAUUGAUCUGUUAUUAAAAACCAACCUACCA